CUUUCACAGCCUGUAUGUAACACAGCUACAGAUCACGUGGUAUGGGUAUGCACAGGUGUGCUUAGUCGGUGAAUAGUUAUCAGUUUUCUCAACUCAGAAAGGCUGUAAACACGGAAUGUAAGUUUCCAAAGUCAAGGUAUCAUGGGGUCGUGGAUGCUGGUGUGGAUUCUGUGUACCACAGUCAUUCUGAUGCCUGUGUGUCUUCAUGGAGCAAUAUCAGUCCGCUUUAAGACUGGACGGCCUCUGUAUGUUGCUCUCGGCCAAACUCUUGUUUUGGAAGCCAUAUUUGAGAAGGGUCCAGAUGACAAGAUAGACAUGGUGACGUGGGACCGCAAGAGAGGAAGGGACAAUGUCAGACUGUCACACGGAAACAGAAUAUCUUUGGAGAAGGGAGAUGCACUUCUGCGGGUCACUGAUGUUGCAGAAGAGGACUUUGCGGUCUACAAGGUCACCGUUACAGACAGUAAUGGAUAUCAGCAGGACGACUCAAUAGAAGUGCGAAAGAUAGUGGAACCUCUAAAGGCGUCAAUUAUGCGUGUGCUGGAGUGUGUUGUGGGUAAUCGCAGCAUGACGCAGUGGGACAGCCCUCAGUUUUCAUGGCUGGUUGAUGACGUUGCAGUAACCAAUCAAACCGCCCUGUUAGAAGAUGGCAGUAGACUAGACAUCUCUGAGGUUAAGGGCGUUAACUACACCUGUAUCAUCAAGAGUAGCCUGGGGACAGUGACUACGCAUUAUCAAAUACCAGAAGGCUGAGAUCCUGGUCGGCUCCCUUUUCCUGCCACCUGUGCAGUACUUGCGAGACCUUGAGUGUGGAGUGGCUGUGCCACAUGUUCCAGUCUGGCCACCGCUGCUAACCACCAGCCUCGAGCUGCGCAGCCUUCUCUGCUCUCUGGUGGACUACCAUCCUGGACUGGACUCUGGCCGUUCUCUCAGUCUACCCGUCUACUUGUCUUUCCCUGCCUAUUGUUUGGACCGUGUUCACGCCCUUCCUCACCUUCUGCUGUCUUGUCAGUAGUGUUGUAAAUAAACAAUCACCACUCGACUUCCGGUUACGGCGCGCAACUAUUAGGUCACACUGAUUUGAGCUGACGCUAACUUUCUUAAAAUGAAUCCUACAAAGCGAUCAAAACAUACCAGCAAGCGGUGAAAACUAAAAGAAAUAACUCUGCAAGUGACCAUGCCACCAAAAAACAUAAAGCCAGGGCAACAGCUGAAACCACAAACUGGCUCUGACACCGUGGAACAAGUGGGCAAGAUGACUCCACAAGCUCAAUUCUCUUGGCCAUCCAGUCAUUAAGGGAUGAUAUGACUAAGCAAUCCUCCGAUAUGCUUGAAGCUAUCAAUGGUUUUAAAACAGAGCUGAUGUCACAUUCCAAAGGAAUCGGAGAGGCCGCAAACGGAGGAGGAUGUUUCUAAGAAACUGGAGCAGAGAUUCAAGACCUGGAAGAUCGCGUUCAAAUCUAAGGAAGAUCGGCCUACCGGAGAAAGCGGAAAGCUCGGACGCAUGUGCUUUUCUGGAGGAUUGGCUCCCCAAAGUUUUGACACACUGCUUUUCCACAACUCCUGGAAACAUCCCAGGCCAAUAGUGAUGAAGUUCCUGAACUAUAAAGAUCGCGAAAGAUUCUGACUUUACUAGUUUUGGCCCCCCUUGCCAAAACAUUGAAAACUAAACCUGGCUGUUAUAAAUCUCAGGUAUUAUACAGGUACCUAUUUGGAAAUUUCUGAUUUCUUUAUCUCUUUUCUCCUUAACAAGGGUAAAGUUUUUGGUUAAUUCGUAUUAUUUGUAGCGUUUUCAUUAGCUACAAAUUCAUAUAGGCUUGCUCCACAUACUGUGGAUCUAUUGUUUUCCAUAACCAAAGUUUGGAACGGGGGUUCUAUUUGUGCAGUUUGUUCAGGGAAAUGCACAGUUGUUUAUGGUGUUGUUUUGUUGUUGUUGUUGUGUCUCUUUCUUCUCUGUGUGUGGGUGUGUUUGUACUCUUUCCUUCUUCAAACAAACAGUCAAAUCAUUGGUUGCAGAGAUUCCUUAUUCCACUCAAUUUAAGCUUAAACAUGUAUGUUAGAGUUAAAAUUUAGUAGUUGGAAUGUAAGGGGAUUGAAUAAGAUGGUCAAAUUGAAACCAGUAUUAGAUAGGAUUAAGCAAAUGAGGUUCACUCAUCUGUUGAGAGAAAACACAAGUCGAGUUUCAAAAAGGUGGCCUGGGCAGGUUUUCUCUGCACCAUAUACCUCUCGUGCUCGAGGAGUUAUGAUACUUAUCCAUAAAUCGGUUCCCUUUCAGAUGCACAAACAAUAUAUUGAUGCACGGGGUAGAUUCAUAAUUCUUAAUGGAUUAAUCGUGAACACACCUAUAACCCUAAAAGAAGUAUAUACGCUCCCAAUGAAGAUGAUCCCUCUUUCUAUCAAAACAGUUUUUUAUACAAUAUCAACAUAUUCAGGACAAUACGUAAUUGGAGGGGAUUUUAAUUGCAUAUUGGAUAUACAAAUUGAUCGCUCUACAGGCACAGACAGCUGUAGCAUAUUUGCUUUACGAGAUGAACAUAAUUAAUCAUAACGGGUUAUCAAUUAUAUAUCCAUCUUCAGGAAUUAGCUGUAGUAUUAAUAGUACAAUAAAAUGAUUAGUUCGUCCGCAGUACGGACCCGUCUAUUGACUCUAAGGAAAAUUAUUUCUCUGGCCACGACAGAUCAUUUCCUUACUGAAACAUUGCUCCCCGAGCAUGUAACAAGACCGGACGUUAAAGUGACCUCGUUCUGAGAGCAGCAGACACAGACAACCAAGCGUGAAUACAUAUGGAUGUUUAUUAAACUACACUACAGGGGAACAUGCAACAUCGAACUAGACACAGACAUACACACGUUAAACAUGGAUGCCGACGCAAGGAAGAGAGAGAGAGACCGAGUAUGGCAGGAUUUACAUAUCAGCUAACUACAACCUGUUAAGAACCAUCAGAUAAUCACAUCACCUUAAUUAAAAGGGGUUGAAGCCUAGAAGUGCAUCUAGAUAGUUAACAAGCGGUUACUUGCAUGGGUUUUGUGGGUGCUGAGUAAAGCAUCCUGGUGCUUAAUGCGUAGAUUCCUGGUGAAUUCCUUUAGGAGUGAAAGCUUCGUCAAGCUUCAGCCAUGGGUUGAUUAGUCCGAAGUGAAUCGACAAAGUUACUGAACUUAAAACUGCCAGAAGAUUGGACACCUGAAUAUGAGUGUUUAGAGCUUACUAAUACGAAUAACGAGUGGUAACUAGGCUAAUAUAAUAAGGAAACAUACAAACAACAUGCAUAUACCAGAUACAUUUGUAACUGAUUAAUUAUGGUCUAAAUGAAGAAAGUGCCUCUAUGUGUGUGUUAUGUAUCUUGUAAUCUUGGGGGUAGUCCACAGGCCUGGUACCGAGGGUCAUUUAGUUCUCUUGGAAUGUGUUUGAAGUGCGAAGGAAAGACAAGAUAGUCGAUCUGUUUAGCAUCUUUUUGACAGUGGGGGGGACAACCCUUGGCAAUUAGCACCCAUAUAACGGUAGAAUGUGGGGCCAGGCUGUGAAUUAUAUGCAAAUGUCAAAAGGCUAAAAGGGUCUCUUAAGACAUAAAGUCCCAGCGACCAUCAAGGAUCAUAAGCAGAUGUUACACAGCACUCAUCGUCAUUAAUAAUGCUCGUAGAGUCCUAAACGUAUUAUAUAAAAAGCAAAAUGCUAAAGACCAUGCAAUUCUGUCUUUAGAUGCUGAAAAAACAUUUGACAGAAUUGAGUGGAAUUGCCUGUUUGAGUCGCUUAGACGCUUUGGAUUAGGAACAAAAUAUUUAAAAUGGCUUAAACUUUUAUACAAUGAACCAAGAGCUCAAGUUAUAACAAAUUAUAAUAUUUCAAAGCUAUUUAACCUGGCUAGAGGUACAAGGCAAGGGUGCCCGUUAUCACCUUUAUUGUUUUUAUUUGCAAUUGAACCCCUGGCCGUGACUAUUAGAAAAAGUCUAGACAUGAAGGGUAUGAAGAUAGGAGAGAGGGAUCAUCGUACACUAUAUUGCCAAAAGUAUUGGGUUACCCCCUUCUAAUGAUCCACCCCCCAAGUCCUAAUUCAAGCUGAACACCUCUGGUGUGACUUUAAAUGCAGGUCUUGAGCCAUAAACUCUUUACCAAACACCAAUGACUUGUACAUACACUAUAUGGACAGACGUAUUGGGACACCCCCUUCUUUAGAACAGAAAAAGGCACUUCCAAAACUGUGGCAACAAAGAUGGAAACACAAUUCAUGUAUUUAAAAAUUGUAUUUCCAUCUCUGUUGCAACAGUUUUGGAAGUGUCUAAAAUGACUGUACCCAUAUGUGCAAGUCAUUGGUGUUUGGUGAUGAGUUUUUGGCUCAAGAUCUGCAUUUAAAGUCACACCAGAGGUGUUCAGCUGCUUUCUGCAGACCAGUCAAGUCCUUCCACACUGACUCAAUCAAUCAUUUAUUUUUGAACCUUGCCUUAUACACAGAAGCAUUGUCAUGUUAGAAUAGAAAAGGGUCCUGUCCAAUCUGUUGCUUUAAUAUUAGAAGCACACAAUUCCCUAGAAUAUCAUUAUAUGCUUAAACAUUAAGAUUUGUAUUCAUGGAAAUUACUAAAGUAGUCAAACCUGUUCAUUAGAAGGGGGUGACCCAAUACUUUUGACAGUAUAGUGUAUAUCUCUGUCCGUAGAUGACAUUGUUCUAUUUCUAACCAAUUUGAAGAACUCGCACUUAUAAAUAUUAUGGGAAAAUUUGGAAGUUUCUCGGGCUGUAAAAUCAAUAACAGUAAAAGUAUUCUGCAAUUACUAAAUGAUCAAGAGAGAAAAGACCCCUCGAGUCAUACACAAUUUACCAAUGAAUCUGGUGAUUUCUCUUAUUUAGGGAUUAAAAUUACGCCUAAUAUAGAUAAUAUAGUUCCCUCUAAUUAUGAUCCUUUACUGGAGGGAGUUAUGGAAUCUUUGGACAAAUGGAGCACAAUGCCCACUUCCUUAGUGGGGCGUAUAAGCAUAAUUAAAAUGUCGAUCUUACCUAAAUUUCUAUACCUUCUUCAAUCUAUUCCUCUUCCACUACCCAAUACUUUUUUUUUUUUCUACCCUCAAAAAAGCCUUUACCAGGUUCAUAUGGAUUAAUAAACGACCUCGGCUACGUCUAUCCCUCCUUUACCUACCAUACGAUCGAGGAGGGCUUCAAGUGCCAAACAUAAAACUAUACUACUGGGCGGCACAGCUUCGAACGGCUAUGUUUUACUUCUCCACAGACCAUAUUGAGAAAGAAGAAUUGUCACUCCCCUUACAAUCAUAUUUAUACUCUGCAGAAGUUAAAAUACUUAAGAAAUCCACUCGUAAUCCCUUCCUUAGAAAUACCCUAUCAGUUUGGCAUGAGGCCCAUUCAUUUUUGGAGGAGACAAUAUCCAUCUCUCCCUUCUCGCCAAUAUGGGGCAAUAACUAUUUUAUCCAUGGAAGAAAUGAUAAAAACUGGCAGGUGAAAGGAUUGAGUAUGGUUAAAAAAACUUAUAUGAAGGAAGUACACUCAUGACCUUCCAGCAGUUGGUUACAAAAUAUAAUCUUCCAAAAAAAACACGUUUUUAAAUACCUUCAAAUUAGAAGUUAUAUAUAUAUUCAAGAAUUAAAACCUAUUCGGAACCCCAACACUCUACUUUAGAACAAAUUACUUUAGAUAGUGGAAUGGUCUCCUUGUUUUAUAAGACAUUACUGGCUCUCAAUCAUAUCUUGCAGCGUGGAAACGAGACCUUCAGGUCAGAUCACCGUGUCUUUCAGCUCAAACCCAAUCUAUUAAUACUAGGUGUAGAAUACUACAAUACAAAUGGAUGAUGAGGACAUGCAUUACCCCUGUUAAAUUACAUAGGAUUAAUCCUAACAUUCCGCAUAAUUGCACAAAAUGUAAAGAUGAAAUUGGUACAUUGUUUCAUUGUAUGUGGGAGUGUAGGGAGCUGCGAAUCUUCUGGAAGGAGGUUCUUAGUGUGGUCUGUGAAAUGACCAGAGAAAAUAUUCCUUUGGAAUCAAAGCUUUAUUGCAUAUAUGUGACCCUGGACGACAAAACCAGUCUUAAGUGUCAAUUUUUCGAAAUUGAGUUUUAUACAUCAUCUGAAAUAUGAAUAAAUAAGCUUUCCAUUGAUGUAUGGUUUGUUAGGAUCGGACAAUAUUUGUUCGAGAUACAGCUAUUUGAAAAUCUGUAAUCCGAGGGUGCAAAAAAAAUCACAAUAUUGAGAAAAUCGCCUUUAAAGUUGUACAAAUGAAUUCUUAGCAAUGCAUAUUACUAACCAAAAACGAUGUUUUGAUAUAUUUACAGUAGUAAAUUUACAAAAUAUCUUCAUGGAAUAUGAUCUUUAUGAUUUUUGGCAUAAAAUAAAAAUCUAGAAUUUUGACCCAUACAAUGUAUUAUUGGCUAUUGCUACAAAUAUACCCCAGCGACUUAAGACUGCUUUUGUGCUCCAGGGUCACAUAUACCCUGAAAGUAUGUCAGUAAAUGCAACCAAAAAGAAGCUCGUAUAGAUUUCAGUUUAAUACAAGCUAAACGUGUUAUUGCUUUAGUAUGGAGAAACAUCCAAGACCUGUUCUUUCACGGUGGAUUAAAGAAAUGUCUGACAACCUUGCUCUUGAAAAAUUAACAUAUGCAAUAAGAGCUAAAGCAGAGGUUUUUAAAAAGGCGUGGUCCCCUUUUAGGCUAUUUGUAAAUAUAUAGAUAAAGUGGAAUGUUAUGUAAUGAUGACUGUAAUUUGAAAUCCAAUGUGCUAUUUUUUUUUUUUUCAACAUCUAUGAAUGUUAUUUCAUUAUCCUUAAUUUAUUUUAUAACUUAUUUUUAAUGUUAUUUUCUGUUUGAUAAAUGUAGGGGUGGGAAAGUAUACUCUGUAAUGUUAUAUAAUUUGAUAUUCUGUAGUGUUCAUGGGGGUUUUGUACAUUAAAAUGUAAUUCAUUUUUUUUUUUUAAACUAAGUUGAAAAAAAACAAAACAAUCACCACUCAUUCUCCAUUUAAGUCAAAGUUUAAGUUUUUUUUUUUUUUCAAUCAUAUUUCAUGUUUUCAUGUAGUGUGCAUUAAAUCACUGCUAUGUUUGGGCCCCAUAAUUGUAAUUUCAUUGUAUGCUGAAUUUCUUUAGCUGUGAGAGUGAUGUCAGUCAGCUUGUCUUCAGCUGGUGUUAAUGUU